ACAUCCCUAAAUGCGCGCUGGUCCUAACGAAAACAAGGCAUUUUCCUUCCUCCUCGCCCGAGUCAUAUCUCUGUAUUGCUUCCAACUUGUGCACAGAACGAAGAAGAACGAGUGGAGGGAUCGAUAAGAUGCCUGCAGUUUGGUUUGCCGUCAAGAGAUCAAUGGGCUGCAAGUCAAAUCAUCGGUCAGAUGUUCAUGAACCGAAGUCGAGAGGCCUCAACAGCAUCGUCACGAGAAGGCUAAGUUGUGGUUGCUCGAAGUCCAUGUCGAAUCUCAGGGAUGUUGUUCAUGGAAGCAGGCGGCACGCUCGGAUGGCGGGUAGCCCGAGAUCCAUUGCCAGCAGCGACUUCAUCAACCCCAUAACCCAUGAAGUGGUCUUCAAUAACUCGAAAUGCGAAAUCAAGAUCAUGGGUGUCGGAGGCAGAGUCGACGGGAAUCACAGCAGGAACGACUGGAAUUCAUCGACUUUCGUCGGGACUCUUCGGCCUGGAACACCAGGUCCUAGGGGCCAGUGCACGGUUCCGAGCAGUUACAGUUCCCAGCGGUCGGUGAGUACUCCGCCGAGGAAGAUUGGCAGCAGUUCGGCCAUGUCCAUCGGCGGCAGAAGCGGCCGUUUCCCAAAGUCCAGGAGUAUCUUAGGCCCUGAUGCUCAUCUGGGAUCUUCGGUUCUCAUGUGCCAAAAGUGCGGGGAGAAAUUUAAGAAGUUGGAUGCUGUUGAAGCUCAUCAUCUGUCCAGACAUGCUGUAACUGAACUCAGUGAUGGAGAUUCAUCCAAAAGGAUAGUGGAAAAAAUUUGCCAAACAAGCUGGUUGAAGUCUGAGUACAGCAGUUGUGUACAUAUUGAGAGGGUCCUGAAAGUCCACAACAUGCAAAACACCCUCGCCCGGUUCGAAGAAUAUCGAGAGACGGUCAAGAUCAGAGCCAGCAAGUUAUCCAAGAAGCACCCCCGUUGUUUGGCCGAUGGGAACGAGCUCCUAAGAUUCUAUGGCACGACUGUGGCUUGCUCGCUCGGCCUCGGAUCUUCCGGCCUAUGUAAUCUCAACAGUUGCGGCGUUUGUCGGGUUUUGAGACACGGCUUUCCUUCAAAGAAGGAAUUGGCUGGUGGUGUAGGGAUAUUCACUUCAUCCACAAGCGAAAGAGCCUUUGGAUCAAUUAUAUUAGGCGAAGGAGGUGAGCGCCUCAGGAAGGUUUUGGUGGUUUGCAGAGUGAUUGCUGGGAGAGUCCACAGGCCUCUCGAAGAUAUUCAUGAGAUGGCGAGCCAAUCCGGGUUCGACUCAUUGGCCGGGAAACUGGGUCCGUAUUCGAGCAUCGAAGAACUUUAUUUAUGGAAUCCGAAAGCUCUCUUGCCUUGCUUUGUUGUAAUUUGCAAACACUGAAGCCAGAUUGAAGUCGGGGCUAGACAAGAAAAUUCUUCCAGUUUUACAGUCAUAUAGAGUUCUUCUGAUAUAUAUGUUGCUCUUGUUCCUAUAGAUAGAUACAACAGUAAUGAUAUUGAUUCUAGUCUUAUCUUAUC